CAUUAGCCAAUGCUAACCACCAGUGCUUUGCAGGCAUACAGAGGUGUCUGAAGGAAAAGCUUGAUUUACAAGACAUUUGCAUAUGAUUUGCAUUGAAUUUCGUGGCAAUGAUUGGCAACCAAAUUGAAAACCAGUGAAUCCGUGACCAAUGAGUGCCUCAGAUUGCAGUCUCAAUACAUGUCUGUCUUCGAGUGGUAUCUCAUGGGAUGAUAGAUGCGAAGACGAGUCGGACACACAUUUGCAUCAACUCUUGGAAACUAUCGAUCAGAUUGUCUUCUUCGGUGCAGAAGUGCCCAAACAAUUGGACACAGAGUUGGCUCAAGAAUGUCUUGUUUGGAGACAAAAGUUUGCCACAAAAAUACAAAUGUCAGAGGGAAAGACAUCUGAAAAGAGACCGUCGAAACUGAAGUCUCUUUCGGCUCCAAAGACUAAUGUUAAGUUAGGUUUACAACCGAGAAGUUUAUCCGAACAGACAUUAAUGGUUCCGAAUAUAAGACUCAAUUCAAUUGGUGGUGAAGUGACCGAUCAAAAGGUCAAAUCCAAUGGUCUUAACCGAUACUUCACGACAAACCAAAAGCCAGUAAUCCUUCCGCCCAUUCAUAAUGGUGGCAGUCAUGCAAAAAGGGUUGACCAACAAAUAUCCCCUAAUAUAUCUAUACCUACUGUUCCCAAAGUGCCAAACAUUAAUAAAAUCUUUGCCAAACCUGCCGCAGUCUUAUCCAUUGACCAAAUGUUGUGUCGUCCAAAAUAUACUGGAGAUAACAGGCCUUCCAAUGCUUCACAUGUCAAC